CCCUGCCCCUGUUCAAAUCUUGCAACACUUCAGCAAGGUUGGCUGAAAAUGGGAGGGGAAAAGCAGGAAGAGAUUGAGGUUGUUCACUCAUGGUCUGCUCCAAGAUCCCUCAGCACCAGUGUCAUGUACUCUUUUGCCCAGAGGGAUGACAUGGAAGUGCUUGAUGAGCCGCUCUAUGCAACUUUUCUUCGUACGACAGGCAUUGAAAGGCCCUACCGAGAAGAGCUUCUAUCCCAGAUGGAAUCUGAUGGUGAUAAGGUUGUUAAAGAGAUCAUUUAUGGUCCUGGAAGAAAGAAAUAUCGAUUUUGUAAGCACAUAGCUAAGCAACGACUAAUUGGUUUGCCAAAGGACUUAAUGAAGAAAGGAAAGCACUUUAUAUUGAUACGGAAUCCCCUCAAUAUACUACCAUCCUUUGACAAGGUUGCACCUCCAUCUUUGCUUGAGCUAGGUUUGGCAGAACUGGUCUCUAUAUACAGUGAGCUAUAUGAAUUGGGAAAGGCCCCACCUGUCAUUGAUGCCGAAGACGUUGAACAGGAUCCUGAGGGUACCCUACGUGGCCUUUGUGAAGAUUUGGAUAUUCCUUUUCAAGAAAAAAUGCUUAGGUGGGAAGCUGGUCCAAAACCAAUAGAUGGCAUUUGGGCUCCAUGGUGGUACAAAAGUGUGCAUAAAUCAACAGGUUUUGCACCUGUGAGAAAGUAUCCCAGGGCAUUUCCUUUCAAUCUGUAUGACCUGUUGGAGCAAAGUCUACCUUUCUACAACAUGCUUCGAAGCCGAGUUAGGCGGAAAUCAUCCCUUAUGAAGACCUUGCCACCUCCAGUUCUUCCCGUUCCUGCCAAUGAGAAGCUACUCGCAUGGGUUGGUGAUGAAAUUUUACCUCGUGAGAGUGCAAAGGUUUCUGUAUUCGACUCGGUUGUGCAAGGUGGUGAUGCUGUGUGGGAAGGACUUCGAGUUUACGAUAGAAAGAUAUUUAAGCUUGAAGAGCAUUUAGAUAGGUUGUUUGAUUCAGCAAAGGCUCUUGCUUUCAACAAUGUUCCAUCGCGUGAUGAGAUUAAAGAGGCCAUAUUCAGAACACUCAAUGCCAAUGGAAUGUUUGAUAACACACACAUCCGAUUAACUCUUACGCGUGGAAAAAAGGUUACUUCUGGGAUGAGCCCUGCAUUUAAUCUUUAUGGAUGUACAUUAAUCGUGCUUCCUGAAUGGAAACCACCUGUCUAUGAUAAUGUGAGUGGUAUAAUGCUGGUUACAGCUACUACAAGGCGCAAUUCACCAAAUAAUCUGGAUUCAAAGAUACACCACAAUAAUCUUCUGAAUAAUAUACUAGCAAAGGUAGAAGGGAAUAAUGCAAGUGCUGAUGAUGCAAUAAUGCUUGACAAGGAUGGCUAUGUGUCUGAAACAAAUGCUACAAACAUUUUUUUGGUAAAGAAAGGUCGUGUUUUGACACCUCAUGCUGAUUACUGCCUUCCUGGGAUUACUCGAGCAACUGUAAGUUAUGGAGCUUGUUGUGAAGGAAAAGUUGGUCCUAGAGGAGCGAAGAAUCAGCCUAUCAGAGUUCCAUACUGCAGAUGAGGUAUGGACAACUGGAACGAUGGGAGAACUCAGCCCGGUUGUGAAAAUCGAUGGUCGAGUGAUUGGUGAUGGGAAAGUGGGGCCUGUCACUAGAAGACUGCAAAAUGCUUACAAAAAGCUGACAGAAGAGUCCGGAGUGCCUAUACCAUCCAAUGAAGAAAGUUGAAUGAAAUCACUUUGAUGGAGGUCACCAUUGCUGACCAAGACUGCAAACUAGAGCUGAAAUCGAGUUGGAAAUCGCUUCAAGACCACGAAAUGGGAUUUCUUGGUGUGAAAGACAUCCUUUUUUCGUCUUGGGAAGUUUAACUUUUAGGUUGUGUUGGAUAUGUUCAUUCUCCCCAAUAAUGCUGAGAACCAAUUGUACUACUCUUGGCACAUCCAAUGAGAUGCUUUUUUAUUUCACCCUUUCUGUUACAUUUAUUUGUUUUCUAUACAACCAACAGAUGAUCAUUUCACCUACAAGAAUUUAGCCCGUUAAUAACCAUUUUAUGUCUAACUGUAAAACCUUGAUUUGAGGUUAAGCUUAGACAAAUUUUUGUAGUUCUGUGCAGCCAACUUAUGCAAUGAAAAGGAACAACGCCU